AUGUGGGCGAGGAACGAAGCGUCUCGUCGACAGUUGCAUGAGCUUGUGGAGCAGCUAUUCGGUCACAGUACCAAUUUGCUCAGCAAUACCGUGAACGGCGUGAAUGAGGCAUAUUCAGUGGCCCAUAGCCACUUGACGCUUGCAAAGGAGUUGCGGGCUCAAACUCACAACGCUGAAAUGGAGCUGAAUCGGAUCAUGGCUCUCCUCGGUGCACCACCAGCGGCUGGGCGUUGCAGCCCACCACAGACAGCUGUGCCUGGGCAACUGUCGCCCAUACCGCAGGCCAAAGGGGUGCAGAAUUCAGCGCGUGCAGCUGCAGUGGCGAUUGGCCCAAGACCAGUUGGAAUCGAAGGUGCACCUUCGACGUGUCCAACCGCGUGUCCACUCACACUCGCACAGAGUCCCGUGGGCCUGCCGCCGGCACGGGCACUUGGAGGACCUGUCCACGGUGCCAGUGGGCUGGUUACUCCUGGCAACAAGGCUGAGGCCACUUGCAUCAAAUGCGGAAGCACAUACGCCGCCGAUUCAAAUUUCUGUCGCAGAUGUGGCCACAAGCGGAUAGAGGCCUUCCUGCCUGAUCACACCUAG